UCGCGUUGUCAUGAGAUGUCUCAGAAGCUGGCGGAAGUGCCGCGUCAGAGCUCCUCCCUCUCCUUGCAGGGUCUCUGUGUCUGUGAAGUGAAGGAUCGGGCAAAGAAGAUGCAGCUGCCGCAGAGUCCUGGCGCUUUGUGCUUCGAUAAAGACGAGUUCAUGAAGGACUCGUUUGAUGUCGACCACUUUGUAUCAGAGUGCAGGAAGCGUGUACAGCUGGAAGACCUUCGAGAUGAUCUAGAGAUUUACUACAGACUGCUCAAGACUGCUAUGGUUGAACUCAUCAACAAGGACUAUGCAGACUUCGUAAACCUGUCCACUAACUUGGUUGGAAUGGAUAAAGCAUUGGGACAACUUUCUGUGCCAUUGGGACAACUGAAAGAAGAAGUGUUGAGUCUCAAAACAUCUGUUAAUGACAGCAUAAGGGCAGUGGAUGAGCGUUUGGCUAAACAAGAUGAUAUAAGGAAAAAAAAGAUGUGCGUUUUCCGGAUGAUUCAUGUCAUCCGUUCUGUUGAGAAGAUUGAAAUAAUUUUGCACUCCCAGAACUGUAAAGAAAAUUCAGAGAUGAACAGCACAUUACUAACUGGGCAGAUGCUGGAGAGGAUUGCAACAGAAUUUAAUCAAUUGCAGUUCCAUGCUGUUCAAAGUAAAGGAAUGCCUCUUCUGGACAAAGUGAGACCUCGUAUAGCUGGCAUUACUGCAAUGUUACAGCGUUCUCUGGAAGGUCUCCUUCUAGAAGGCCUUCAAACCUCUAAUGUGGAUAUAAUCCGGCACUGCUUGCGGACUUAUGCUAUGAUUGACAAAACUAAGGACGCAGAGGCACUUGUUGGUCAGGUGCUAGUAAAACCAUACAUUGAUGAGGUUAUUGUGGAGCAAUAUGUGCAAUCUCAUCCCAAAGGGCUCCAGGUUAUGUAUAAUAAGCUUCUGGAGUUUGUUCCGCACCAUUGUCGGCUUCUGAGGGAGGUCACAGGAGGAGCCAUCUCCAGUGAGAAGGCGGAUAUGGUUCCUGGGUAUGACUUCUUAGUGAACUCUGUCUGGCCGGAAAUAGCACAUGGGUUAGAGGAAAAAUUGCCGUCACUCUUCAGCCCAGGGAAUCCGGACAUAUUUCAUCAGAAAUACACAGUUAGCAUGGAUUUUGUGAGAAAAUUUGAGCGACAGUGUGGGUCACAAGCAAGUGUAAAGAGAUUACGGGCUCAUCCUUCUUAUCACAGUUUUAAUAACAGGUGGAAUUUGCCCGUGUAUUUCCAGAUAAGGUUUAAAGAAAUAGCAGGAAGUCUGGAAUCUGCAUUACUUGCGCCAUUAGAAGAUACUUCAGCUGGGAAUGCAUAUUGUCUUCGCGCUUCCCAUAUUCUGUGGACCUGCCUGAAUGCAUGCUGGUCUGAUCAAAUCUUUUUACUGCCACUUGCUCACCGUUUCUGGAAGCUGACCCUUCAACUGCUCUCCCGCUACUGUGUGUUCAUUAAAGAGUUGGCAUCCUGUGCCAAUUCGGAAGGCUGUGCAAAUGAGGGUAAAGGUUUGUUGCCAUCUAGUAGCAGAGAUUUGGCUCCCUCAAAUGUGGCUUCUGAGGACCCAGCAAGUGGAUCCGCUCCAGUGACCCAAUCUUCCAUUCUGUCAACGCGUCAGCUAAUACAUAUUGUAGCAGAUGUGGAUAAAAUAAUUGAUCAGUUGCCAGAAUUAACUGAAGUAACUAAAUUAAAACUUGGUUUAAUUGGUUUUAAAAACAUGGCAGUAAUAACAGGGGCUUUGGAGGACAUAAUCAGCUCUUUAUCAACACCUUUGUUGGUCAUAAAUACCAAAAUCUCAUUGGACCUUAGUGAAUCCUGCUCGGUUUACUUGAAAAGUGCUCUGGAAGUCCCUAGACUUUACAGAAGGACAAACAAAGAAGUGCCAACAAAAGCUUCUUCUUACAUUUAUAAUGCACUCAAGCCUCUAGAACAGCUGCACAGUGACUAUAAAACUACACUGAAACAGGCAACCAGGGAGGAAUGGCUGAAAGGAGCGCUUUCUGAAUGUACACAGAAGUACUAUGAGACUGUCUCUGAUGUUCUCAGUUCUGUUAAGAAAAUGGAAGAAAGUCUGAAAAGGCUAAAACAAGCACGUAAAACCGCAAUGUCUAGUAAUACUACAAAUGGAGGGAUUAGCGAUGACAACAAAAUCAGACUUCAGCUAGCUCUCGAUGUUGAAUAUUAUACAAAUCAGAUUCAGAACUUUGGUUUGAGCGCAGAUGACAUAAAAAGCUGUGCUGCUCUUACAGAGUUAGUGCAAGCUGCCAGGGAGCAGAUUGUCACAGAAUAAAGCAAAGAAUAACUGUAUAAUAUGGAGCUGCUGUGAUCUAUUUUCAUCUCUUCAGCUUGUAAAUUUAACAGGUUCUAUAGGUUUCUUGGUAUAUUAAUAAUAUUUAUUUACAGCAGCGAUGUCUCUACCAAAUCAUUGAUUACUGUUGUACUUGUUUUAGUCUAUGAAGAAAUGCUAUUGUGGUUGUAAAAUAUAAUUAAAUAUUAUUGCAACUGUAUAAUCUUACAUAUAUUGCUUAAUAUUUAAUGCAGAUUGUUUUUCACUGUACAUUAUAAAAAGAUUAGCUCACUUUUGUAGAAUCCCUCAAAUAAAUGUUUCCUUUUCUAUUUUUUGGUGAUCUUUUCCUACAUGUAAAUCUACACCCACAUAUAUCUGUUCUAAGGAACAGUGAACAAGACAGGGUGGCGUUGGCAUUCGAUGUACAGUAUGGAGAGACGGGUUUCUAGACUAAAGCUAAUUGCAAAUGUGGUAAUUGUGCAGAACUUCUAAAUAGCUUUCCUAAUUAGAAAAUGACACUUUGAUCAUGUUACAGUUUACCACUACCUAUCGUGUGUACUGUAAAGUGGUAUUAACAUGAAACUUGGUUACUGGAAAUCAACUGAGGUUAGAUUAUUUUAGAGGAUAAACCCUAAAGGACAUAUUGGAGGGAUCAGAUCCUGUUUAGUUAUUAUUCUAAUUACUACAAUCCCAUGCUCCCCAUUUGUGUCACCCCUGUCUGUCUACCCCUCCCCUUACAAUGUAAGCUCUCAUGAGUAGGGCCCUCUUCCCUCAUGUGCUUAUCCUUUUCUUACUUUAAUAAUCUUCAACUGCCCAGAUCCAGCAGUUUUUUUGGCCACCUGGAACUUAUCUUUAUGUUGUUUACUGGUGUAGUUAUGCUUAGUUACCCUGCACUUGUCCUAUAUUGUCUUCAACCGUAAGUCACUGUUUUACUGUUUUGAUUAUGUGCAUAUGUACUCUGUAAUUGGGCGCUGCGGAACCCUUGUGGUGCCAUAUAAAUAAAGGAUAAUAAUAAUAAUACAA